GUGCACCUCUAGAAGUAGCCCAGGUCUGGAAGACCAUGUUCCAGAUUCUCCACAGCUGGAGAGUCAUAAUCCUUGGUUAGCCGCAUCACCAGCUAGCUCUCCUGUGACAGCGCCUGUCAUGUUUUCAGCUAUUGUAGAAGAAGAGCUCCAGCAAGAAGCUGCUCUUAUUCGGAGCAGAGAAAAACCGUUGGCUUUGAUCCAGAUCGAAGAGUGUGCUAUUCAAGAUUUGUUAAUCCACUAUGAAGCUUUUGACAACCCUGAUGAAUUUGUGACUGUGGAAAGGGCUCCACAGAGACCUAUAGCAGCACCUAUGUGGAACAAGCACUAA